CGCCCUCUCACCCUGGGAGGAGGGAUCGCUACAAUGGACCCUCCUGCGGGCUUUGUGCACUAUGGGAAUCCAGCUGUCGCCGCCCCUCGGAGCCCCGUAUCCCUCGAGGGCGCCCAUUUCCGGGCCGCCCGUCACCCGGAGUGCGUUGGCAGCCACCGUCCCGGCGAGCCCACAGCCGCUCCCGUCUUCUUGGUGUCAGGCGAUCCCCAGUCUGUCCCAAAAAUGCCUGUGGACUUCAACGGGUACUGGAAGAUGCUGAGCAACGAGAAUUUCGAGGAGUACCUGCGCGCGCUCGAUGUUAACGUGGCCCUGCGCAAAAUCGCCAACUUGCUGAAGCCAGACAAAGAGAUCGUGCAGGAUGGGGACCACAUGAUCAUUCGCACGCUGAGCACUUUUCGGAACUAUAUCAUGGACUUCCAAGUUGGGAAGGAGUUUGAGGAGGAUCUGACAGGCAUAGAUGACCGCAAGUGCAUGACCACAGUGAGCUGGGAUGGUGACAAGCUCCAGUGUGUGCAGAAGGGAGAGAAGGAGGGGCGUGGCUGGACCCAGUGGAUCGAGGGUGAUGAACUUCACCUGGAAAUGAGAGCAGAGGGUGUGAUCUGCAAGCAAGUGUUCAAGAAAGUGCACUGAGCAGCCAGAGUAGCCAGAGUAGAUAACAUUGGUCUUGAGGAACAAGUGGGACAGGCCUAUGGUCAGGAGCUCCCUCUGCCUAGCAUGGAGCUGAAAUGCAUAGCCACCCCAGGUUUCUGCCAGCAGAGUCUGUCUCUCUGCCUUGUCUCUUUUCCUUUUCUUAAAAUGAAGCUACCCCCAAUAAAAGUGAUCUCUGUUUAAGA